CUCGCCAUGCUGAACUGCACCGCCUGCAUCGCGCACACCAUCACACUCGCCGAUGACAUCUGCCGCCAGACCUGCAAAGGCAUCGUGCAGCUCGACGGCUACUUUGUCAAGUAUGACAACGCCACCUUCCUCGGCGUCAAGGACAAAGCGGUGGUGUUCAAGAAGUGUGGGCCCUCUGUCGGCUACAACCCCGACGCCAUGGCCAGCGGCGACGCCGUGCUCGCUGUCCUCUCCAGCGGUGGCCGGAUCUUCACUGUGGGGGGCUCUGGCGACAUGCGAGGCGUGUUAUAAUGCACCAGCAACCUCAGCGGCGGAGAGUGCCAGGACUGCUUGAUGGAGGCGAUCUCGUGGCUAAAGAGC